AUGGCCCGCCGCAACGGUAGAGCGCCAGCAAAGGCGACGAACAACUUCAAGGGCGAGGCGAAUAACAGACGCCCGCGCAACGAGGCUGGACCAUCCAAGCCGCGCACCAUUCACGACGUCUACGAUUAUGCGGUGGAUCAAGAGGAUGCAAAGCGUAGAGGGAAGCAGGGGAGAGUGGCUGCGAGAGCACAGCAAGCAACCGAUCAGGACCAAGACGAAGAGAUGGGCAGGCGAAGACGUCCAGCAGGGUCAGACGACGAUAGCGAGGAUUCGGAUGACGCUCGAGGUGGAGUCAUUGGCACAGACGAGGAGCUGGGCAGCGAUGACGAAGAUUCGGACAUUGAGAGUGACGAAGCGUUUGGGGAGAGCGAUGACGAACAGUACGGCAACUAUACGUUUGCCUCAGAUCGUAGAAGAGGAGCAGAGGAGGACGAGGGCGAGGACGACGAGGACGCUGGCAUGGUCGACCUCAGCACGAUGCUCGGCGGGGAUGGCGGCGCGAGUGGCUCCGAGGACGAAGAGAGCGGCGAGGACGAUGACGAGUCCGAAGAUGGAGAGCAUGGCGACCUGUCCAGCCUCGCCACCUCGUACGCCCAGCCGUCUAAGCGCGCAGGAGACGACGAAGAUCGGGACGACGCGCUACCCACCAAGCGGCGCCGUCGUGUCCUCUCAUCGCGCACCGAAGCUGGCCCCGAAUCAGAGUAUGCCGCCCCUUCACGCGGCAACCUCGCCUUGGACGACCUUCUUGCCCCACUCUCUUCUGGAGCUCAGGCUGGCGAUCACAGCGCCCUGCUCAACAGCACCAAGGCUCUGCGCGGCACCGCACGCAACGACAAGCAGCCCGUAGCCUCUAAGCGCGGUGGUGGUGCCCUCUCCGCCCCUCUGCCCGACGUAGUCAAGGAUCGCUUGCAGCGCUCAGCAGGGUACGAUCUCUCACGCCAGGAGGCAGAAAAGUGGCAGCCAACCAUCAAGCGACUGCGCGAGGCUGAGCACCUUUCAUUCCCACUCCAACCGGACACGUCCCGCCCUUCCAAACCUUCGACUGCCCAGCUCGCCGCAUCCUUCAAGCCAUCCAACGCCCUCGAGCAGGACGUCGACGCCUUGCUGCAGGCCGAAGGCAUGUCCGAGGCUCAGAUCGCCAAGAAUGAGGAGCUCGCCAUGCGCCACCUCACACCGCAGGAGCAGCAGAAGCGUCGCGAUGAGCUCAGGAAGAUGCGCGACCUCAUGUUCAGGCAGGAGCAAAAGGCUAAGCGAGUAAGCAAGAUCAAGAGCAAGACAUUUAGAAAGAUUGCGCGCAAGGAUCGAGAGAGGGAGAGGGCCAAGCUGCGUGAGGCGGGGCUGUUAGAGGGUGAGAGCGAAGACGGCGAGGAUGAUGAGGAACGCUUGAAGCACGAACGUGAGAGGGCACAAGAACGCGCGACGCUCAAGCACAAGAACACGGGAAAGUGGGCAAAGCAGCAGCUGGGCAAGCGUGGCGGUGAUGACUACUCACGCGAGGCCUUGAAUGAGCAGUUGCAAAAGGCUCAGCAGCUCAGGCGAAGGAUGGAGGGGCGCGGUGAUGAGAGUAGCGAGGGUGAGAGUGGCAGCGACGCUGAGAGCAACGCAGAUCCUGCUCGUGCGGCAUACGACGAGCUGCGCACUCUCGACGCCAAAGAGGAGCGAGAUGCGGGGGCCGAGGGCAGCAAGAAGGGCGUCUGGAACAUGAAGUUUAUGCAGGAUGCGAGGAAUAGGGAGGACAAGGCUACGCAGCAGGUGCGAGAUGACCUUGAGUCGGACCUGCGCAAGAUGGCGGGGCAGGACGGCAGCGAUGAGGAUGAGGACGAUUUGGGCGAUCAAGCAGUGGUCGGUCGCCGCGUCUUCAAGGCUGCGCCUACGGAGGGCAAGAGCAAAACAAUCGCCCAGCCAGCGGGCAAGGCAGCGGCGAAGGCAGCGCCUGCCGUCGAGCCCGCCCCCGCUCGUUCACCAUCUCGCAGCCCCUCUCCGCCCCCUCCCGCGCGCGAAGACGCCACUCCAGCAUCCAACCCUUGGCUCGUCGCAGAUACCACAAAGCGCGCCCACAAGCCCACCGCCACCUCUUCGACCUCCACCUUUGCAGCAAAGUCUGCCUCCAAGCUCGAGAAGCGCAAGAGCAAGCACGAUGCCACACGCAAAGAGGCAGACGAAGACGAUCGACGCCUCGAUAUUGAUCCGGAAGCAAUGCUGGGUGCUGCGGCGCCCAAGUCGGCGAAGAAGGCUGUGCAGCAGCCCGACGAGGACGGCAGUGACAGCGACGAGGAUCAGCCCGUGGAGAUGUCCGCUCCUGGCCGUCGUGCCCCGCGCACCGCCUUCACGCAACGCGACCUCAUCGCCGAGGCCUUUGCCGGAGACGACGUUGCGGCAGACUUUGCUGCGCAAAAGGCACGCGUAGAAGAUGAGGAUGCACCGCAAGAGCAGGAGACCGCGAGCCUGCCUGGCUGGGGAUCGUGGGGUGGCAAGGGGAUCAAGAAGAAUCGAAAGAGCGGUACGGCCGCCUCACGCGCGGCGAAGAAGACGGUUACGCCGGGUUUGGACAAGGAGAAGCGCAAAGAUGCGGGCAUGGCGAACGUGAUCAUUAAUGAGCGAAAGGACAAGAAGGCGGAGAAGUAUCAGGUGAAAGACUUGCCCUACCCCUACACGUCAGCGAAGCAGUACAAUGCUGCCCGCGAGCAACCCUUGGGCAGGGAGUGGAAUACGCUCACGCAGAACCAGAGGCUCACGAUGCCCAAGGUGCUUGCGACCAAGCCGGGAGCAGUUAUCAAGCCGAUUCAGAGGCCAAUGGCCGCUCAAGCGAGCCAGACGUCGACCACCGCCGCCCUCAGCUCAGCCACCGCUGCCGCUAUGAACGCGGUGCGAAGUCCGUCUGCUGGAGCAGGGCGACUGCACAAUAGCCUACCCUUUACCCGUGCCGGUGAGCGAGCUCUGUUGGCGAUGGCACGGUUCGAGAGCUCGUCCGACGCCAAUUACCUGCUGGCCAUGGACUGUGAGCUGCAGUGUGCUCGAGCCCUUGCCGAGAUACAGCAGAGACCUCUUCAAGAGAUCAUUCCGCUCUCGGUGCUAGAGGCCCGGUUCAAUCAUUGCCAAGCUCUUGUGGAGAAGUACGAGGACGAAGGCUGCCGUCUUCGUGACUACUCGCCACGCUCCCGCCUGCUUCGUGCAUGGGAUCGUCUUCGCCGCCGUUUUGGCCUCGCACAUAUGCGCACAGACGAUCAGCACCCCUCUGAAUCAGGCGGUCCUCACUUACCUCAAGCUCUGGCUCCCGGCGAUUCCGAAAACACGUCCGCUGCUCAUGCCCAAUGA